CUCAAGAUCACAAGCUAGCCAAAGCAGUAAACACAAUUUCUUAGCUGCAUUCUCUUUUCCUUGUCUUUGUUACUUCACAGGGAUGGAGGGCAUUUACUCCAAGCAGAAGUUCUUUUUAGUGUUUGUUUUGUUUAACAUAGUUGCCACAUUGGCAAAAGGCCAUGGCACGCGUGUUGGGUUCUAUGCAAGCUCAUGUCCGUUGGCUGAAUUAAUAGUUCGUUCUACAGUUCAAUCCCACUUUCAGUCUGAUCCUUCAGUUGGUCCUGCCUUAUUGAGGAUGCAUUUCCAUGACUGCUUUGUCCAUGGCUGCGAUGCUUCUAUCCUCAUUGAUGGCCCUGACUCCGAGAAAAAAGCUCCUCCUAACCUUGGAGUGAGAGGAUAUGAAGUUAUUGAUGAUGCCAAGGCACAACUUGAAGCCACGUGUCCUGGAGUUGUCUCAUGCUCUGAUAUUCUUGCCCUUGCUGCCCGUGAUGCUGUUGUUCUGGCAAACGGACCAAAGUGGGAGGUGCCUACGGGACGCAGAGAUGGAACGGUUUCGUUGGCAUCUGAUACUGACACCUUGCCUGGCUUCUCGGAGUCAAUAGAAGAACAAAAGAGAAAGUUCGCUGCAUUCGGUCUAAACACUCGGGAUCUUGUCACCCUAGUCGGGGCACACACCAUAGGAACUACAGCGUGCCAAUUUUUCAGUUACAGAUUAUUUAACUUCACUGCAGUCGGCAAUGGCGCUGACCCAUCAAUCAACCCUGAAUUUGUCUCUCAACUACAAACACUCUGUCCGCCAAGUAGUGACGAUACGGGACGUGUUGCAUUGGACACGGAUAGUGUUGAUUCAUUUGAUGCAUCUUUCUUUGAGAAUUUGAGGAAUGGCCGAGGAAUACUAGAGUCUGAUCAAAUGUUAUGGACCGAUGCUUCUACCAGAUCCAUUUCUCAAAGCUACUUGGGUGUUAGAGGCUUGCGAUCGUUGAAUUUCAACAUAGAAUUUGGCCGGUCAAUGGUAAAGAUGAGCAACAUUGAAGUGAAAACUGGAACUGAUGGUGAAAUACGCAAAAUAUGUUCUGCAAUAAACUAAUUAUAACCUUGCACAUUGAUGGAGUUGAGAACACUAUUGUAUUAAUUCUUACAUAGUUUUUAAGCGCCAGCUGGUAAUGUAAUACUGCUCACGUGCCUGACAAAAAAUGAAAUUGGCAAAGUCGAAUUGUCUUGCUCGAUCU